AUAUUAGUCUAUGGUAAAGUAUUUUGGUGGUUUUAUAACAACUGUUUAUUUAUAAACUAUAUUUUAUCCAAUUUGUAUUCGCUGUUCUUAAACUAUAAUAAAUAUAUAGGUACUAAUGCAAGGUGCAAACUUACAGAACAAUCUUUACAACCCUGAUCGUAUGAACAAUAAGCAAGUUGUGAUCAAUGAUAUUCCUAAACAAGUGAACGUAAUAACCCAAAAGAACUUCGUGCACGGCCUCCAGAACGCCCGAAGCAUCCUGAGCGACCUCGAGCGAAGCAUCCAGAAGUCGCACUGCUAUGAGCGAAGACUGCUCAAGUGCAGGUCUCAGCACAGUCAUUCACACAGUGAAGACGGGAGCCGGGAUGAAGGGGUAGAGCGGGAGAAAGAGUCUUGUGCUAGGACUGAAACCGCAAAUGCGUCGAGGAGUCAGGUGGACGUGGGCGAGUCGUGGUCGACCAUGAGCAUCGUGUGUCUGCAGUAUCAAUACGAAGAGCUAUCAAAGCGCUACGAAGCGCUUCUCCGAGCGUACGACGAGCGAUGCAGCGCUCUAAGCGCUCGAGACGAAGCGCUGCAGCGGCUGCGGCAGCGCGUGGAGGCCGCGCAGGCGCACUGCGCGAGCGCUAAUAAAGCGCUGCUCACUGUCGGCGAGAAGUACUUAAAGUUGAGGAGACGGGGGCAUGCCCAGGUAAGCACUGUACAUCAUCAUCAUCAUCACGACCCAUCAAGUCCCUUACUGCUGGGGCACGGAUCUCCUUCCAAGGAAGGGUAUUCGGCCUAG